UUUUAUUACAAAAGGAUUAGUAGAUCAUAAAUAUUUGAAACUCAUAUAAAAUGUCAAGAUAUGCCCAAAAACGAGGUCGUUUAAUUAGACCAGACAAGGUGCCACGUGACACUCAAGCAAGAGCUGUAAGAUACUUCAUGUUUGUCAGUUCCGUGAAUCUCACGGCUCCCAGCCUUCAUCCGCUGAUCAAAUAUCCAAAGCAGAAAUCUUGUCUCCGGCGAAACAGAUUUAUUAAAAGGAAGAAGAAAGAAACAAUUUCUGGUAGAAAAUCCCCCAAUUCGCGAGAAAAUUUCACGCUUCGAUAAAUACUAUCAGAUGGGCGUUGACUGGACCGAACUCCCGCCAGAACUCCUACAAUCCAUCUCGGAAAACCUAAAAAUCUGCGAUUACAUCAGUUUCCGAGCCGUGUGCCACAGCUGGCGAUCCUCAAUCCCUAAAAUCCCUUUCCACCUCCCUCCUCAGCUCCCCUGGCUCAUGCUCCCUCCUUCCCAAUCUCACCAACCUUACCGCGCCUUCCACGAUCUUUCUACCAACAGACUCCGAUUCCUCUCCCUCCCCGAAUCUUCCAACCCAAACAAGCGGCACUGCGGCUCUUCCCACGGCUGGCUCAUUAUCCUAGACGAAUCCCCUACUAUUCUCCUCUUGAACCCUCUCUCCCGAGCCAAACUCCACCUCCCUCCUCUCUCCACCUUCCCGAACGUCGACAGCUUUAACUACUCCGACAUCGGAAAGGAGUAUUCCCUCCGCUCCCCUUUCGGAGGCCGUUACACCCGCAAUUUGCGGCAAAUGCGAGACUCCUUCAUUAAAAAAAUCGUGCUCUCCGCCAAUCCUUCCAAGGACCCUUGUUUCGUGGCAAUAGCGAUUCUUAAUCAAACCGGUGAGUUAGCUUAUUGCAAAAACGGCGACAAAUCUUGGCGCUUUAUCGAAGGUGCGCAUUCCUAUUCCGAGGAUGUUAUAUAUUGUAGAGGUUUGUGUUUCGCUGUUGAUAAACACGGAGGAAUUGUAAUCUGUGAUGUUCGCAAUGAUUUGCCUAGAGUUUCAUUUAUCGAAACGCCGAGACAGUUAGGCGGUGAUAUGCAAUAUUUGGUUUACUCUGGAGAUGAAUUGUUACUCGUUACGCGUCAUCUUGAUCUUGAAUUCGAUUUCGAGCCUGAUCCGUCGCAUUUGGUCUUCAGGACUAAGCGGUUCGAGGUUUCUAGGCUAAUUUGGAAUGGACCGUAUUGGGAGAGAGUGAAUAGUUUAAAAGAUAAGAUGGUGUUUGUAGGUGAAAAUUCUUCAUUAUCUUUGUCAGCUUCUGAUUUCACAGGUUGUAUGGGGAAUUGCGUGUAUUAUACGGAUGAUUACUCGGAAACUAACUAUGAUGGUGCUUUUGGGGAACAUGAUAUUGGUAUUUACAAUUUAUGGGAUGGGAGCAUUGAGCCAUUGCCUUGUUAUCCACGGAAUUCUUUCUUCAGAUUGGGUUGGCCAACACCACUUUGGGUUACACCUAGUCCAUACUAAUAUGGACCAUGAAUGCAAGUCCUGAAACUGUAACUGCAACUUAGUUAUGGGUAGAGGCCUAGAGGAGGAAUGCUGUAGGCGCUGACAGUUUUCUAUUGGCAAUUUAGAAUAGAGGAUGCUGCAGUCACAAGUUCCAACCUCUUAGCUCUUUCUGGUUUUUGAAAGACACUCUCCAUAUCCCUACAAUUGGAGGCCUUUAUGCGAAACAGUGCGUCACGCGGAUUAGGCAUAUGCAACUCUUAUCCAUUUGAGAGGUGGUUUCCACAGGGACAGUAUAGGCAACUCUUAUCCAUUUGAAGCUCAUCUUGAGGUCAUUGGAUAUAAUAGAUACAGAAAAAUACUAUGAAUAGGGAAUGAGAGAAUUUUAAGUGUCUGUCAGCAAGGAUAGACUUGGAGGAGGGAAUGUACUAAAAUAAAAAAAGAAAAGCAUGUCUAGGGGAGAGCUUAUGGUUAUGUGCCAGCCUCGGGUUCUUUAACUUUUCCGAACUCAUUCGGAGAUUGGAGUGUGGUUUGUGGUCUUCCUCUAAGGUUGUGAAGUAACAAUAUCUAGCAGUUUUGUACUUUCAAAUCUUUCUUGUAGAAAUGGCUGCGGGACUAAUGACAGCAGGACAGGAUUUGCAAAUUGUCAUGCCCUUUGCGGCUUUUCUGGGUGGGACAUGUCUGUCUACUGUAACUCCGAUACUCCAAACAGGGCCAGGCUAGGGACACUAUCUUCUGGUUUUGGAGUAUAAAAGCCAAGUUAAGCCCCAUAAAUUGACUGACAUUCUUCCUGAAUUGUUUAGCAUUGCUAAAAAUGAAGGCCCACCUGCCCCGAUGACAAUGUUGGAAGGAAUAUAUCCACGAGGGGCACUUUCCAAUGAACUCUCUUCACGCUUAAUCCUUUCAAAUGAAAAAUUAAAUGGGAAAUUUGGUUUGAUACCAUCCUUGCCCGUUAGCUCUUGCAGGACUUCCAACAACGAGGAUGGACGAAAUAUCAGCACGACCAGCCAUAUAAGGCAGUAGAACGCGAUGCAUCAUGCUAGGUUUCUGAUUUGGAGAUUUUUUAAGUGCCGACUCCUCGAAAUUGUGCUUUAUGUGAUUGUAUGACAUGAUUCUUUUGCUGAAUUGCUCAAUAUAAAAAGGGCGUCAACCUGUCGUAUUGGGUUCAAGUGAAAUAGGAACAGCUUUUUUCUUUCUUUUUUGUUUA